AUGAAAUUCCAAUCAUUAUAUAAAAAAGCAUAUCUUGCUAUGAUAGUUGCCGCAGUGUCGACUAUAUGCAGGGCUGAAUCAGAAAGCACAGUAGUCAGCAGCAAGGCAGUAGAUGAGCAGCAGUCCUUCUACAUGGAUAAUAUACAGUAUGGGGCAAAUAUAUGUGAGCUUCCAUGUCCACCAGUGUGCCCACCAGUAUGUCCUCCAUUAUGUCCUCCAGUAUGCCCUCCAGUAUGUCCAAUAAACCCAUGUGAUCAGGUGUGUCCUCCAGUGUGCCCUCCAUUAUGCCCACCAGUGUGCCCACCAAACCCAUGUGACCAGAUAUGCCCACCAGUCAACAGGUGCGCAGACCCAUGCGGACAGGAUAACUAUAGUGACCUAGAGGUAGCAAGAUUCUUCUCUAUUUUAUGGGUAAAGAUUAGACAGGCGAAAAAACAGCCAAAUCCCUCUCAGGCAAUUAAAGCACUUAAGAGAAAAAUGGUUAAGAUGAUUAGGUAUGCAUUACAGCUGCUCUACUGCCAAGGAGGCAGGCAGAAUGGCAUGUAUGGCGAACCGUACGGCGAAGAAAGCCUUAAGUCUUUGUUUUCCUCCCUUAAGUGGAUUGUCUGCUGUCUUAACGAUAGCAACAAGGCAUGCUUCCUUGAGUAUGCAUAUGGGGUAUUGUAUAUGUAA